AUGAAGUUUUCCCACUCUUUAAAGUAUAAUGCGGUCCCUGAAUGGCAGGAGCAUUAUCUGAAUUAUUCGCAGCUCAAGCGGUUGAUCUAUUCGCUACAGGCGCAGGAGUUGCAUGUGGUCGACAACAGUGGGCAGGUGAACCACGAACGUCUGAAUGCAUUGGAAGGGUCCACCAAGGCGCUGCGGAAGUUCAAGCAGAAAUUCCGGUCGAAAAAUGGUGCCAAAAACGCUGCGUCACGGUCUUCGGAUGAUGGGGAAGCUGACACUGAGGAUGUCAAUGUGGAGACGCUAGAACUCGACGACUUGAAGUACAAAAAAGGUAAGCAGACGGAUUUCGAACGCAGGUCAUCUCUUUCGAGCGACAGAACGCUUUUUAGCGCCCAGGACACGUUUCUCAGCAAGCUGUCAGAUGAACGUGCCAAGAUCGACGACUUCUACAAAAAGCUGGAGGCACAAUUGUAUAGCCGUUUCAACACGCUUGCCCUGGACUUGCACCAGAUGAGCGCUGGAGCAAGACGUCGUUCGAGCGUUGUUGCCGAACCCCAGAUGGGCACUGGAGCAAGACGCCGUUCGAGCGUAGUUGCCGAACCCCAGGCGGGCGGACACGACGCCAAUGACUCCCUUGACGUGACCAGCUCUGCGGCCGCACGCAGGGCUUCCAGACGUGAGUCGGUUCUCUCCAGACGCAAUACAUUGAACUUGGAGGCCGAAGACGAGGAAGAGGAAGACGACGACGACUACGACGGCCAUGCUUUCGAAAACACUGCGCUGUUGAACUACUCAGACUUCAACGUGAAAAGUCAGAAGAGAUCGAUAUUGCGUAAAAACCUGAUUGAUCUGUAUGUGGACCUUGUUCAAUUGAAGUCGUUCAUUGAGCUUAAUAGGAUCGGGUUUGUAAAGAUCACCAAGAAAUUCGACAAGACUUUGAAUUGCAACGUAAAACAGGAAUUGAUUGAAUCUGCACAGUUUUUCAAAGGUGUGUAUGUGUUCCAGAGCGAAACGUUCGAGACACUAGACUCCAAAAUCGCCAAAGUCAUCGAAUCGUAUGCGUCGAUGACCAGCGGCGACUUGGCCAGUUGCAAAGAAGAACUGAGAUCAUAUUUGCGUGACUUCAUCGUGUGGGAGAGAAAUACAGUAUGGAAGGACAUGCUGGGCCUCGAGUCCCACAACAACACUUUCACCUCUGCGGGAAGACCAGACGCCAAUGGCGAUAUCUCCAAGCUGGACAAUAUCACAUCUCUGGAGUACCGAGUCUGGCACUUGCCCAGACCAGUUAAAAUAGGCUCCUGGACUUGGAGCCGUGUCCAAAUCCCGAAACUUUUCUUUACCUUGAAGGCCUACAAACUUUACUUUAUCAUCGCGUCCACGAUUAUUCUUCUGGCGGUUCCAACUUUCAACGACCCUGCUCAACACCGCUGCAUGGCCCUUGUCACAUGCGUCGCAUUUCUAUGGGCGUCUGAGGCGUUGCCAUUGUUUGUCACAGCUUUGUUGGUGCCGAUGCUUGUGGUAACUUUCAAAGUUUUGAAAACAGACGGUGAAAUAAUGGAAGCUGCUGACGCGUCAUCAUGGAUCUUAGGGAAAAUGUGGUCCUCUACAAUUAUGAUUCUGUUGGCUGGCUUCACGUUAGCAGCUGCUUUGUCCAAGUAUAAUGUGGCUAAAGUUUUGGCAUCUUAUCUGCUCACCAUUGCUGGAACGAAACCCAGAAACGUUUUACUCAUGGUAAUGAGUGUAUGCUUCUUUCUGUCAAUGUGGAUAUCUAACGUUGCCGCCCCGGUCUUGACUUACUCCCUAAUCCAGCCAGUUUUGAAGACCCUGCACUAUAAGUCACCCUUUGCCAGAUCGUUGAUUUUAGGGGUGGCAUUGGCUGCUAAUGUAAGUGGUAUGGCCUCUCCGAUUUCUUCUCCUCAAAACAUCAUUGCAAUGAACUACUUAAAGCCCUACGGAGUAGGCUGGGGGCAAUUUUUUGCUGUCGCUCUACCUUCCAGUAUUUUGGCGAUGUUAUUAAUUUGGGUUCUUCUAAUUCUAACUUUUAAGAUCAAUGACGUUGAGUUGAAAAAAUACACGCCCAUUAAGGAAAACUUUACUCUUAAGCAGUAUUAUGUCAUUGUUGUUUGUUUGGGCACAAUUAUCUUAUGGUGCGUUGAGAGUAAAAUCGAGGACACUUUUGGAGCUUCGGGCGAAAUCGCUGUAAUCCCGUUGGUGCUAUUUUUUGGUACUGGUAUGUUGAGUACGCAGGACAUCAACAAUUUUCCUUGGUCUAUUGUUAUUUUGGCUAUGGGCGGUAUCGCUUUGGGUGGCGCUGUUCAAUCAUCGGGUUUGUUGGCUACCAUUGCAGGUGCUUUGCAACGUAGGGUGAUGGACUAUCCUAUCUAUGCAGUGCUACUUAUUUUCGGUAUUGUGAUGUUAGUGGUUGGUACUUUUGUGUCGCACACUGUGUCUGCAAUUAUUAUUGUUCCUUUAAUGCAGGAAGUUGGGGACAAACUUUCUGGGUCUAAAGCUGCGCCUAUUCUCGUAUUUGGAUGUUCGCUUCUGGCUUCCUGUGGUAUGGGUUUGGCUUCCUCAGGGUUUCCAAAUGUCACUGCUAUCUCUAUGACCGAUGAAGUAGGGAAUCGAUACUUGACCGUGAAUACGUUUAUCACAAGAGGUGUUCCGGCAUCUCUCCUUGCCUUCUUAUGUGUGGUCACGCUUGGUUUUGGUAUCAUGAACUCAAUUCUCUGA